AUGAAGUUUCAACGGAGUGUUCUCGUUGGUGGCCUCGGGCUUGCAACGGUUCAGGCGGCGAGCUUGAAGGAUGUAUGCACUACCACAUACGUUAAGAAUGCCCUGCCUGCCUCGGACAAAUUUCAAGGCCUGACUUUGCAUCCUGCUUUCAUUACUGCCAAUACAGUCUACAAUGCAUCCACUACCGAUGAGGACGACUGGCCCGAUGUGUAUGGGUAUGACUAUUGUAACGUCACAAUAGCCUAUUCCCACAACGGCAUCAAGGAUGAUGAGGUAUUGCUGGAGUUCUGGCUUCCAGCGCCUGAGAAGUUUCAGAACCGCUGGCUCUCUACUGGUGGUUUCGGUUAUGCGAUAAAUGGCGACGGAGACGAUCUCCCGGGUGGUGUCAUCUACGGCGCUGUAUCUGGCCAAACCGAUGGAGGAUAUGGGGGCUUCAGCGUUGAGCUCGACGACGUCUUCUUCAUGAUCGGCAAAGCAUUCAGCAAGAACUUCUAUGACAUGGGCUCAAAGAAGCUAUACGCUUACUACCAGGGUUGCUCUGAGGGUGGUCGCGAAGGCUGGAGUCAGGUCCAGCGCUUUCCUGAUGAGUGGGAUGGAGCUGUUAUCGGUGGUCCUGCUAUUCGCAUGGGUCAGCAACAGGUGAACCACCUUUACGGUAACCUGGUUGAGCACACAAUGGGCUACUACCCUCCUCCCUGCGAAUUGGAGAUGAUCAACAACCUCACAAUCAAGGCUUGCGAUGCUCUUGAUGGCAAAGCGGACGGCGUUGUCGGCCGCACAGAUCUUUGCAAGCUGCGUUUCAAUAUCAACUCCACUAUCGGUCACCACUACCACUGCGCUGCCUCCUCUUCCACAACUGUCUUGAAGCGUGGCCUCAACAAGCGUACCUCGGAGACUAGCACCACUCCUGCCCAGAACGGAACAGUGACGGCCGCUGGUGUUGCUGUGGCUGCUAAGAUCCUCGACGGUCUCCACACCCUGGAUGGCAAGCGCGCCUACAUCUGGUACCAACCGACCGCUACCUUCCACGAUGCUGACACCGAGUACAACUCAGAGACCGGCAAGUGGGAGCUAGACAUCACCUCACUGGGUGGUGAAUGGGUCGCCCGGUUCCUCGAGCUCCGCGACGCAGACAACAUUUAUUCCAUGGACAACGUCACCUACGAUACCAUGACCGAGUGGAUGUUCGAGGGCUGGAAGCGCUACGAAGACGUCUUGCAGACGACCUGGCCCGAUCUGACUCCGUUCCAGGAAGCGGGUGGAAAAAUAAUCCACUUCCACGGCGAGUCGAACCCUAGCAUCCCGACCGGUUCCUCUGUGCACUACCACGAGAUGGUGCGCAAAAUCAUGUACGGAGACCUCUCAUUUGAGGAGGAAACCAAGGCCUUGAAUGAUUGGAAUCGUUUGUACCUGGUUCCGGGUGCUGCUCACUGUGCUCCUAGUGAUGACCAGCCCAACAGUCCUUUCCCUGGCACUACACUUGAGACUCUGAUUGAGUGGGUUGAGAAUGGCGACAAGCCGGAUCGUUUGAAUGCAACUAUCAUGUCGGGUGCUAAUGAAGGCGAGCAGCAGGAUCUGUGCGCUUGGCCUUUGCGUCCUCUUUGGAAGAACAACGGUACUACUUAG